AUGAGCUCUGCUGCAAAGAAUCCCUCGACGGGAGCCAACGUCGAGGCUGGCAUUGGAUCUCGGCCCCUUUUCUUCAUCCACACGUCGGGCAACGCGUCGCGUGCCGACGCCCAACGCUCUCUCACUCUCGCGCAGAGCAAGCAAGUCCGGGAACCAACCCGCGAGGUGAGAGAUUCGGCUGCAGGCGAUUUAUCCUUCGUCUGCGCUGAUCUCGCCUGUGCACGCGCACAGGACGACCCUGGCCAUACGUACUUUUCUCGGUCCUUGUCAUCCCCCGCUCUGUCGACUACCUCUACAGCCCACGACGGCGACGACGAUCUCGAGUCCUUCCCUGCCGUCCCCUCGCUCCCAACGCCAAGCUUGCCCGCGUGGGUUGCCGAUAUCUUGAGGACUCCGUCCCCCAGCGCGGCGGAAGAAUUUGGCACCGCGAGCUGGGGCUCUCCGUACCCCGAGUCGGACCAUAACCUUCGUCGCUACAGCUUCAGCAGCGAGACCUCCGACGACUCGCUCAUCCACCACCUCAACCUCGACACCCCCUUCUUGCGCUCACAGCCCGGUCCCCCCCAGUCCGAGUCGGAGCCGCAGUCGACUGUUAGUGCCGCGGCUGCAGUUCUCGCAAAUCGCGCCAGGCGUCGAGAUAGGGGGCUGACGGAGGAUUGGAUCCGCACCCACACGACGGGCAUUGUCAACGCUGAACCCAAGCACUGGUUCAGCGAGGGAAGCGAGACGGACCACUCUUCACUGAGUGGCUCUGAACUCGGGUGGCUGGACAGCGACCUCCGCACCCCUAGGGCUGCCAGCGUCGACGAGCUGUCCUCGUCGCGGCAGUCUCGACGUCCUCGUGGGCGGUCCAGCGUCGAGACGUUGAAACCACGAGACUCAUUCGACCUGGAAGCAGCCGACACAAUGGCCAUGGCCACAAGCGAAGGUGCGGCCAGCGCGCCUGACUUUGCUGCAGACGAGAAGAUGCCGAGGGGCGAGAUUGAAGAUGCCAAACCACACGUCACACCGGUCAAGGGAGUCCACAAGCCCCUACCGAAAGAGCCCUUGAUGACCCCACCCAUCAAGAAAAAGGUGCCGUGGAAGGGCAAGAACAUCUUGGUCUUGAUUCCACGAGAUGACAAGCGUGGGCUCUCGGGCCAGAGCCCCAUGCCUUUGCGAUCAGAUGAGGUUGACCGAAUGUUUGCUUCCUGGAAACAGCUGGGUUACAGUGUGGACGGAUUCGACCUCUUGGUCGAGGGCUAUCAGCCGCCGGGCACGGACGAUUCUCAGAGCCGUCAGGACUGGCCCUCGGAUGCAGACAUGGCUCAGGAGCGGGCCGGGAGGAGCUUCAAAGUGACGCUGCCGGAUCUAAAUGCUUGGAAGGAGUACGUCAAUGAGCUCCAGGAAGCAAAGCUCCGGGCUUUGGGCUUCAUCCCCGCCGCCCAGAGCCCCGGAUUACCCUCGGGGCCUUCUCCGGUCCCCUUUGCUGCCAUGCCUGGCAAAUUCAACUCCCGCCAAUCCAUCUCCCUGCCCGCGGGCCCCUCUCCCUUCCAACUCCGACAGCCGUCCCCUCAGUCUCCGUAUGGCAUUGAUGGCCUGCAGCAAGCUGGAAGCCCUGCUUUCAACCCGCAUCAGAGACAUCAGUCAAUGCAGUACUUGCCUCAGCAUAUGACUGCCAGGGCAUCGCCGCGCUUGCAAGAGGUAAUUGAGGAAGAGGGAACUGUUAGCAGGAGCCCGUCAAUGACGCCGGAGCCGACGAGGCAGAACCCGGACAGCCUCCAGGCCGAGAUUGACGACGCAGAGUACCACCUGGAGGAGCAGCUCCGCGAACAGCUCGAGCACGAGGACUACAACCCCCAGACUCAGACUGAGCCCCCCGCUGUCGGACCCAACCCCCCCGCCCCCGCCCUCGGGCAGGACAGGAACGGACCUGGCGACAUGGCUGUUGCCCAAAGUUUUGCGAAUGAGCCUGGCAAGCCUCUCAUUCUUCACCACCCCCGACCCCAUAGCCGUGGCCAUUCUCUGUCCCAGAGCUUCUUCCGAGACCACAUCGAGGAUCAAAAGAGCCCAGAAGAGGGCGGCCGCCAUAAGCUUGACGCAUUGAGCGAAAUGCCCGAGGCUCAAAAGGUCCAGGAAUUGCAGGAGAUACAGACAAAUCCCAGCGAACCUGGCACGCCUGGCAAGACCUUCGACUUCCCUACGGCAUUGGGUCAGCAUGAAAAGACACUGUCGACUAUCAGCAAUCCCUGGCACGACUCCGUCUCUGCCACCGGCAGUACCCGGAGAUCCAGUCAUGGCAGCAAACAGUCCCUGUCGACGCUCAACGUUGAGGCACCGGAAUUCAAGUUCAACCCGGGCAACACGUUCAUCCCCGGCUCUUUCAACUUCUCGGGCAACAGUUUCCAGCCUGCCGUUUUCCAGGCCGGGAACGCUGCGGAGACACCGUCGGCCAAGUCUGUCUCUCAGUUUAGCGGCUCUGCCAAGUUCCAUGCUACCGCUCCAUCCUUCUCUCCGGGCCAGAGCGACUUCAGCUUUUCUGCGUUUGGGCCCAUGUUCCGCCCCGAUGCGCCCGCCUUUACUCCCUUCCACCCGCUGUCUGGCUCCAUCACCAGUCCAGGAGGGUCCAGCAGCGACAAUGCUGGGAACCGGAGCUCGAUCUUUGGGAGCAUUGACAUCAAGGCUAAUGAUAUUAUCAAGCCAGCUAAGAAAUCAAAGGCCAUUCCAAUUGUCAGACCUUCUAGUAUAUCGUCCGUCAAGUCUACAAAAGCCUCGAAACCCGUUGACGCGAUCCACGAAGCACCCGAAGACCAGCCCCUCCAUGAAUCCAGGGUCAAGCGAGCCUGGAGCGCUGCCCCUGACGGAGACGACGUGCCUCUGUUCGCCGAGCGACCAGAAGAUGCCCCCCCGGAGACCGCUCCUGAUACUGCCAGGGACGAACACAGCGGCGGAGAGGAUGGCUCCAUUCUCGAGGGAGAUAAUGCGCUGCUCGCUGACACGUCCAUGUCGUCCAUUGUCACGUCCGAUCACAACGAAACAAAAGCAACCACCGCCGCGUCGUCGGAAAUAUCUCCAAUCGGCAACAAGAGUCUCAAGGACUGGGCACCGUUCGAGUUUGGCACCAAUUUUGAGGCACCAAACUUCGGCGAGUCGCGUAUUUUCGGUGACGAUUCGAAGAAGGGAGAGAUUGCCAAGCCGCUUUCUACCACUGCCGAGCCGCCGGCUAGUAUUGAUGAUCAGCAAACCAAAGAGUCAGCAUCCAGUCAGGACAAAGAGGCACAGCCUAAGCUCAUGCCCAAGGGCUUGGGAGCUUCGCGCUUCGCGUCACCGCCGCUGCCCGUUGACGGCUUGGUCGCCUCUCACUUCGAGGAGGCAGCCUCGUCUGUUGGCAUACCGGAAUCUCGACCCACUGAGUCGGCGAAACAGGACGUCAUCCAAUCCGUUGAACAAGAUGGCACACCCGCCGUUGAGGGCGCCGUCGAGCAAAUCACCGAUCCUGGCGCGGAUCGCGAACCUACUUUUGAAGAAAUCGAUGCCGUCAUGCAACACCUGGAAAACAAUCCAUCUAUGGGAGUCAACAAAUCGUUGGACAUGUCCCAAUGGCAACCGCCAACAGCUUUGAUGGAGGCCGACUCGCCUGGCGCUGACCUUCAGCCUCCCAUUGAUCAGUUUGCGAGAGACGAUCCAUUUAUCGAUCCGCCUGCGAGCUCGCACUCACCCAACCUGAACAACGAGCUGGACGAUGCUGAGCUUGAAAGCGAACCAGCCAGCGAUUGGGAAGCCGCCUUUUCAAACGAGGAGCACGACAAGCUCGAGAGCCGAGCUCAUUUCUUUGACGGACGCGUCAACGAAGUUCAUGCCCUGGCACCCAAGUCACGCCGCACCCCAUCCUCUCGCCGCGAUAUGCGCAGCGUGUCUCUUGAGUUCCAGGAGAGUGAUGCUGAUGAUGAGGACGAAGAGCUUCUACCUCAGCGCUCCAUGAGUCCUCGCAGAGACCGCAGGAUGGAGCAUAUUCGGAUCGCCGUGACUGAGGCUUUUGCUGCUCAGCAAAGGAACCAACCCCCCACCUCAGCGGCCGGCGAAGGCUUGCUUUCGAGUGGAGAUCCUGCCAUACUAAAAACACUCGGGGAAAUCAAGGAGCAGUUGGCUGCCCCAACCGCCGCACGCGCAAUCGAGCCAAGCAAGACUGCCAAGGGUGAGAACGAGGGCCAAGAGACUCCAGUCCCUGGGACCGAUGAGCAGAUUCUCUUGAAGAUGCAAGAGCUGCAGUCUAAACUUGUGCAAUUCGAGGAUCGGCUGUACCAAGAGCAGUUCAAUGUCGAGAAGGCGGUCGCCGAGCGCCGCGGGGCCCAGGACGAAGCGGCAGAGCUCAAUCGCAAGCUGCAAGCUGCCGAGACGCGAGUCGAGGUCGAAAUCAUCAAUCGAAGCGUUUUCGACCAGCGUGUGGCAGACCUGGAGGAGCGUCUAAGACAGCAAGAGGAAAAGAAUGAGGAGGAGAUCAAAACUCGACGGGCUGCGGAAGACAGGUUGUCUGAAGUACAACGCUUACUCAGGAUCUCGUCUGAAGAGGAGACUCGCCUCCGUGAAGUCCUGGACGACAGGGACGAGAAGAUCAAGUCCUUUGAGGACGCGAGCGGUAAAACUGCCAUGCAAAUGGCUCUUCUCGAAGCCGCGCAGACCAACUCGACACAGGCUCAGAGUGAAAUGACCAACAAGAUCAACGCGCUCGAGGCGGACCUCAAGAACGUGCGCCAGGACAACACGCACUGGCGAUCUGAAGCUGAGCGAGCCGACGAGGAGAACAAGCUCAUGCAAAAGUCGCUGACCACAUUGACUUCGCAGCUCGAGGAGAAUGAAAGGCUGCGGGAGUCGUGGCGAGGCAAGUUUAUGACUCUUCAAGAUGACAUGGGCAGGGCUGCUCGCGAUAUUGCCGAGGAGAACGCUCGGCGCAUCAAGAAGGACCAGGCUAUGCUUGCCAGGCAAGAGGUUCUUGAUGCAAGACUCCAGGCCGAGGCUAAGACCCGCGAACGUCUGGAGGUUGAGAUGGAACGCCUUCAACUCAAUGAGAGGUCUGGAAUGCGUGCUGUCAACGAAUGCAAGCGUCUCGAGGGUCUAUUGGUCGAACUGCAGACCGAGAACUACAAAGUGCAGCAGUCUGCAUCGCGCUACCAGCGGGAAUUCGAAGAGGCCAGGGAGUCUGGCGUCAGCGAGGUGAAGCGGACCCGCAUUGCCUUACAGACCGAGAUCGAUGCCGCCAAUAACCUGGUCAACGUCAUUCGCGAAGAGCUCGAGGAACAUAACUCCAAGGCUCAGAAUGAGAUGUUGCUCGAGGAAGUUCAGACGCUCAAGGUGGCGGAGAUUGAGGACAUCAAACGCAAGCACCAAAACGAGCUCGAGGACGUGCAGACACGCUUCGAACGCCAAAUCAGCAAUGCGAGCGAGGAUGCCCAAAAGGCGGAGCAGCAGCUCCUCGAACGCCUCAGCCUGUCUUCUUCCAAGAUUGAGCAUCUACAGGAUCGCAUCGUGCAUCUCGAGGACAAGCUGGAUAUUGCCAAGGAGGCGGCGGCAGCGGCAGCCCAAGCCGCCAAGUCUGCCGGCGCCGAACCCGGUGUUGCUGCCACUUUGAACACCGCUCCUCCCCAGGCACCCUCCCGUCAGCUCGAUAUGCCCGAGAAGAUCUCGCCCCAGGCCCUCCGGGAAUCAAUCAUGGUUCUUCAGGAGCAGCUCCAGGCGCGCGAGCAGAGAAUCGAGGAGCUGGAGCAAAUCGCUGCCAAGGCUGAUCCUGAUGCGGCUUCCAAGAUUUCCAAGCGCGAUGAUGAGAUUAGCUGGCUGCGUGAGUUGCUUGCCGUGAGACACGGAGAUCUUCAAGACAUCAUUGCAGCCCUGUCUGGUGCUAGGUACGACCGCGAGGCCGUGAAGGAUGCUGCAAUCCGCCUCAAGGCCAACCUCCAGAUGGAGGAACAGGAACGUGAGAGGGCCAUGAACGGCGGCUCUGCCAUCCACCUGCCCAACAUUGCGCAGAGCAUUCAAGCCGCUACGCCUCGAGUUGCUCAGACCAUCGGCCCCAUCGCGGCGGCAUGGGGCAACUGGCGCAAGUCGAACCAGCAAUCCUUCCGAAGCAUCUCCGGGGUGCUCAACGUGCCUGCCGGGAACAACGCCACUCCGUCUAAGGGUCGGGGCCGCCCCGACUCUCAGAGCAAUCCGCUUGGCGGUCUCCUCACACCGCCAACCUCGAGUCUCCGCCAAUCGCCCCUCGUUGAUACCAGACCUCAGCCGACGGCCUUCUCCAGCACUGGCCGCCGUUACACGGUCCAGAGCAGCGUACCUAACAGGGCCCGGGGAACCCCGCCGCGCCAGCAAGAGCACAGGGAGCUCAUGACGCCCCCCAUGAUGCACGACACCGGCUACGAUUCCGACGCCCAACCAGGCGAUUUUGACGAUCAGGACUUUUUCGAGGAGGAAGACGAGUGA